AUGCCCCCUCAGCAGGAUGACAUCCGCAUCGAGCAGGCGGACGAGACCAACAAGAACCCUGUCGUGAUUGUGAACGGCAAGGAGGUUAUUGUGAGCUCUGCCACGGAGAGGCCGAACCGUUCGCUUUGGGUGGCUUGGCUCUACAUCUUCGAUUGGUAUCCGAGUCACUACUCCCCCGAAGAAAAGAAGCUAGUGCGAAAGCUUGACUGCAUUCUGCUUACACUGUGCUGUCUCUGUUUCUACAUCAAGUGGCUUGAUCAGAAUGCGCUCAACAGCGCCUACUGGUCUGGCAUGAGGGAGGAGCUAAAGAUCAAAGGCAAUGAGUACUCGCUCUUCGGCACCUUCUACAACAUUGGUUACAUGGUCUUCGAGAUCCCAAGUAUGAUGAUUAUCUCGCGUCCCAAACUUGCCCGCUACUAUGUUCCGAGCAUGGAGAUCGCCUGGUCAAUUCUCACUUUCACUCAGUCACGACUGAGCAGCGUCCAGCAAAUCUACGGUCUCCGCUUUCUACUUGGUUUCCUCGAGACUCCUGCAGCGACUGGCUCCAUCUAUCUCCUCACGUCUUGGUACCGCUCAGACGAGGUUUUCAAGCGUGCAGGUGUUUGGUACGUCUCUAGCAACGCUGGAGCCAUGUUCAGUGGCUACCUACAGGCUGCGGCUCAUAAGGGAUUGAAUGGUGCUAUGGGCAUGUCGGGCUGGAGGUGGCUCUUUAUUAUCGAUGGAUGCAUUUCUUUGCCGAUCGGUAUCGCUGGCCUUUUCUUGUACCCUGGCCUGCCGACCAGCCCGAAGGUGUGGUGGUUGACCGAAGAUGAGCGCAGAUUGGCUGUCGCGCGCAUGCAAAGCCAGGGUACCAAGCAGAGCGGCAGAAUUGGAAAGCGCAUGCUCAAGCGUGUCUUUACGAACUGGCACUUUUACAUUGUUGUUCUCACUUAUGUGUUCUUCCAGUGCACGAGCUAUGUUGGUGGCCAGAUGCAAGCGUGGCUCAAGAAGGAGGCCGACAAUAACGGCACUUACAGCAUCGAAGAGAUCAAUUUGAUCCCCACGGGCGUGCAAGGUGUGGCUAUCGUCAUGGGAAUUCUCGUCACGAGUCUGGUCAUGAUCUACCCCAUGUGGGCAGUCUUCUCCGUCGUCACCGGCAUUUUGCUCUUCGCGAACGUGUGCUUGAGGAUCUGGCACAUACCGCUCGGUCUUCACUUUUUCGUAUACUAUCUCCUUGGCAUGACUUCCUGUGUCACACCCAUUCUCUUCCCAUGGGCAAACAUGUUAAUGAAAGACGAUAACGAGGCGCGCUCCUUCACCACCGGAGCGAUGAUGACGAUCGGUUGGGCAUUUUUCAGCUUCUACCCGGUCACCGUAUUUCCCAUUCUAGAAGCACCACAGUGGACAAAGGGCUUUACCGUCAACAUUAUCUUCAUCAUAUGCUACUGGACCAUCUUCAUGGUCGGACAGUACCUUUGGCGUAGGGAGGUAGCGAUUAGGAAGUUCGACAUCAAUGCGCCAGGCCAUUCGAGCGAGCUUGAGCUUGCUGAGGAGACGGAGAAGGACGAAGCCGUGCGGAUCGAGGUAGCCGAAGAAAAGAAGAAAUCUCGAGUUCAGAUGGUUCAAGCUACGCCAGCGGUGGGGAUGGAGUUAAGGUCAUCGAGCCCGAUAGAGAGGACUAGAGGCUCUGUUGGAGAGGAUCAUGGAGUGAUCAAGACCAAGACACCAAAAUGA